AAUGACCAGUCCUGACUGUGCCCCGCCUGCACGUGGGACCAUAAACCUUUGUCUCUACUGUUCUUUGGCCCAGGGAAGCUAAGGGCUAGCACAAUCAAGAUCAACUCACACUCUGAGCAGACGCAGAGACGGUCCGGUAUUGAAGAUGCCCAUCAAUCAUGACAACCAUCCGACUACGAGAAUUUGUAGAGCGUCGUCCAAUGCUUCCACCUAGGCUAUAUAUCACUCACCAAGGAAGGGACGUCAAAGGCUGGACAACUGGGCAACUGGCAAGACUCCAUUUUGAUUACAGUGUGAAGAAGGCUCCAAGACCCCUCAUAGACUUGGCAAUUCCACCUAGGAGCAAAACUCCGUACGAGCCGCAAUUAGACCAGCAAACGCUCUUUCGAUACAUCUGUUAUAGAAGAUUGUCAAGGCCUACGGACAAGUGGCAUAAUGAGACAACUUAUGAAAGAAGCUACUCCCUGCCGUUCUAUGAGCUCGGUUGGGAUAAGAAACUAGGCACGAUUUCAUCGCAUCCUAGACCAGUUAACUCAGUACCAGAAGUCUACUGCUGUGAUGAGAGGAACGGCUUUGCACGAAGCACUUUUUAAAACUAAAGGAAAAUGUUUGGGAAAUCAAGAUCUACCUUGAGAACGUGUCAUCUGUUGGAGGGGAUAGCUUGUGAGGUGCAGUACACUGCUUGUCUGCGACACCACCACAUAAACGGUGAAAUAAAAAUGAUGUCAGUGUCAUAAUGUCA